AUGGGAUAUAGUUAUGAGGAUCGGCAACAGAACAAAGAACCAAGCAAAGAGGAAGAAAGUUUUAGUGGAAACAUCUACACAUGGACUAAUGGAAGGGAGGCAAAUAAGAGGGUUUAUAAGAGGCUAGAUAGACUUAUUAUCAAUGAGAAUUGGGCUGAGAUUAUGGGGCAAACUUUAGGAUUUGAGGAACUCAUUGAGCAAGUUUGGAAUAUGUGUUAUCUGGGAAAUGCUAUGAGAGUACUCCAAGAGAAACUAAAAGAUCUUUCCAGGGAACUUAGCCACUGUUCCAAAACUUCCAUAGGGGAUAUUUAUGAAAAGGUCAAAUUCUAUGAAAAGAUUGUGGAAGACAAAGAAAACAUCAUGGAUGCUGACCCGAGUGAGAAGAACAUGCAAGAUUUGAAUAAGAUGGCUGCUGAAUACACCAGAUAUUUAGGGCUUCAAAGUAGCAUUUUACAACAAAAGGCAAAUCUUCAAUGGAAAGAAGAAGAGGACUCUUGCUCUAAAUAUUUUUUUAGUGUUAUCAAACAAAAGAGAAGAAGAAAUUAUAUCCAUAGAAUCCAGGAUGAAAAUGGAUAUUGGAUAGAAGAUCCCAAUGACAUAGGAAAUGCUGCUGUCCGGUUUUACAGUAAUCUCUUUAGCAAUGACAGUCAACAGAAUGGAUAUGAUUUUGGUGAUCUUAAUCAACUCCAUAGUAUCAUCAAUCAUGAGGACAACGAAAUGCUCACCAGAAUGCCUGAAGAAGAGGAGAUAUUGGUAGUAAUUAGAGAUCUUAGCCCUGAAAGGAAGAAGCUGACUAGGUUUUACACUCAUUCCUGUCUCAUUUUAAUCCCUAAAGUAGAGGCUCCUGAUAGUUUCUCCCAAAUGAGACCAAUUAGCCUUAGUUUCAUUAGUGGUAGAUUAAUCACAGAGAAUGUUAUCCUUACUCAGGAAAUUGUUCAUAAUAUGAGCAAGAACAAGAAAAAGGAGAACAUGAUCAUAAAGCUUGACAUGGAGAAAGCCUAUGACAGAGUGUCCUGGCUUUUCUAUAUGUGGUUCUUGAGAAAAUGGGAAAUCACUGGUUUCACCAUGGAAGCAAAGGGACCACAAAUAAACCAUAUUGCAUACGCAGAUGAUGUGGUUACUUUUACCUCAUGGAAGGAAAAGUCUCUGAGAAGGGUUAUGAGGCAGCUGAGAAGAUAUGAACAGAUCUCAGGACGGAAGAUCAAUGCAAAAAAAAAAAGCUGCUUCAUCACAGCUACUCAUACUGAUAGGGAGAUUAGGAAAAAGAUUAAAAAAGUUACUGGUUUCUAUCAUAAAAAUUUUCCUUUUACUUACUUAGGUUGCCCUAUUUUUACAGGAAGGAAAAAGAUAUGUUAUUUCACAGAGAUGACCACCAAGAUUUUAAAGAAAGCUGGGGCUUGGCAAGGAAAUCUAUUGUCAUUUGGAGGGAAAGCUGUCAUUAUCCAACAACUCCUACAGUCACAGACUAUGCACCUACUUGCUGCUAUAUCUCCUCCUAAAUAUGUUUUGACUCAAAUAGAGAAAUAUUUACAAGAUAUCUUCUGGGGCGAAAAAGAGUGUUACAUGUCGUGUUUUCAUACGUUGGAAAGCGUGCGAGUUAAAUGA